UUGAGCAGAUAAUGGCACCAGUGCAAAGACCCGAUGAACUCGAUAAUCAAGAUGUUUCCGCAGAUUUCGAGCAUGAAGUAAAGUGCCUUCGAAAAUGGCUGCGUGAAAUGGAAGCUCGUCUGCAGCCGCUCAACUUCCGAGUCGACUGGAACAGGACUGAGAUCGAGGAAAAAGCUAUAGAGCAUAUGGUACUGCAGAGGGACAUCGAGGCGCACGGCCGGAUCGUCAGCUCGGUCGUGAAGCUCGGGGAGCGCGUUGCAGCCGGGAGCAGCCGAUGCGCGGAGGAGCAGCACCGGGAGCAGUCGGAGGAGCGCCGGCAGGAGAAGCAACAGGCACUGAGGGUCGCGGGCUCCCUGGAGCGGCGCUGGCAUCUUUUGUUCCUGCGUGCCUUGGAGUGGCAGUGUCACAUCGAGGCUUUGGCCGCUAGGAUUCGCAAUAGCCACGUAGCUAGCUACCGGUGCAGCAGCGACAGCGACGACGAGGAGCCAGUGACCAAGCAGCCGCGCCUGAGCCGCCGACAGUCCCUAACCAGCGUCGAUAGCUCAUCGGCGUCGUCGUCGCAGGACGAGGCCAGGACCACCAGCGGCAGUGGCCAUUUCGCGAUAAUCAACAACGGCAGGCGCCGCCACUCGUUGCGCUCCAGGCGCCGGCUGAAGAGCAAGCGCUCGCUCUCCGAGGGUCAGUUGUCGACUUUGGGCUGCACCCCGCCCAAGACCGGCAGUGGCAAACUCGAGGCCAAGUCCCUUACGUCAUCGUCGUCGUCCUCGGCUGGUGAACAGUCGUCCUCCUCCGACAGCGACGUCUCUUGCGAAAACAGAUCCGCCGACGAUGGUUCCUACUUCGAGGACGAUCUCGAGGAGUUGUGCGCCACGGUGAGCUUAAAACCAAGCAUCGCAGCCCAGUCGUACGUGGCGAGCGCCCUGUGCGGCGACCAGGGCACCGAGGCAGACAUCGAGGAAGCUGGUCUGAGUGAGGAGGAGACCGACGCUGGCAAGGAUCGCUGGUGCACCGCCAACAUGACUCCGAACCCGGAACCCGUGCCCACGACGGAGGCCAAGGGUCCAGAGAUGAUCCCUGACGAAGGCUCGCGCGACGAGGUCGACACCGGCCUCGCAACCCAACCUGGGGCGAACAACGACAGUCCCAAGAGGCGCAGGACCGACCUCGACGAGGCCGCCCAGCGGUUCAACACCUCGAACCGGAAAUCGAAGAACUGCGCGACCUUCUACUUCAAGCACAUGGACACGGACUCCGAAGCUGACAAUAACAACGCGGUGCCGGCUGAGCGCGACAACCAAGAUCCACUUGGGCAGCGACAGCACCACACCGAGGAGGAGACCGAAGAGGAGUGGGCCUGUUACCAACAGGGCACGCAGGCUGUCGCCGAUGCCAGGACGCAAUUGGAGUUUGUUCGAGAGGCUGUUGAGCCAACGAGUGACGUGGAUGUCCUCGAUGAUCACGAGGAGGUUGGAGGUGUCCUCAAUACCAGAGCUGUCAGUGACGAGGGGAUGCUCAGAAGGGAGCGCAUCCAAAAGCUCGUCAAGGAGGUGGAACAAUUGGUGCGCCAAGGAACGCAGGGCAAGCACCAAGUGCCACAGCUUGCCUUCGACGAAGAGAUCAAGGGUAUGCCGAGCCCGCAGAGCAACAUGGCCAAGGUUGCCAGGAUCAGGCGCUGGCUGGAGAUACACAACAGCAACAGCAAGUGCCACGUCAAGAAUGCCUCGCAGUCGUGCUACCGAUUGACAACUGCGGACGCAGAUCUCCAACUGGACAGCGGAGACGCGAGCGCCGAGUGCACGACCGACGACUCGGAGGUCGAGCGCCAGUACACGCGCUUCCAGGAGGACCUGAGCACCAGCAUGGCCACGUGCUACCACGUGCAGCGCACCAGCUCAAGCGACAAGGACGACCCGGGACAGAACAGCCGCUCGUCCGAGGCCGGGUCGCCCAAGGUCGUCAUGCGCAACAAGCACCGGCGCUCCAGUGCCGCCAGGCCCUGGAGCCUCCCUGGCUUCUCUCACCUCCUCAAGAAGCGCGCGUCCGGCUGUGGCUACGAGCUUGUUCCCCCCCAACACUCCAUCUCCGAGACCGCCCUCAACAAACUCGUCGACGAUCCGACCACCACCAACUCGUCGUCCAUGGACUCGGCGGAGUCACGUGUACCCUUCAAUAACUCAACGUCGACGCUGCUGGGGGAACAGAUAAACGGCCACGAGACUCGCGUGGCGAGGAACAGCUCGCUGCGCCGCAAGAAAAACAGGCUCCGCAAGAAGAAUGUGAGUCGCAAAAGUGAGUCUGGCUCCGACAACGUGACCAGCGCGAACAACAGCGGCGGCAGCAACAACCACCACCAGCAGCCGCACCACCAACAUCAGGGCCAAGGCGGCAGCGAGGAGAGCAUCCUGUCGCGCGUCAAGCUACGCCGAUCGCGCACUUCUCGGGGCCCGUCCGUCCUCUCAAAGUCGGGCUCGUUCUCCAGCUGCCACAACCACACCGUGACGCCAGCCAACAGCUCCUGGAGCGACCCCCAGGGCAAACCACCGCUCAGAUCAUCCUCCGAGUCCGAGGAGGAAGCCGACGAGGUCGCCACCGGAGCCACGGCCCAGCCGGUCACGGCCAUCAGCCUAGCCGAUGGUCGAUACAGGAGUCUCCGGUACCUCGGUCGCGAGGACAGCUCCCCUGGAAAACCGGUACUCGCGGCGCUGGCCGUGGCCCACAGCGACACCGAGAACGCCAGCUGGGACAGCUACCAGGACAAGUACUCGAGCGAGCCGUACAGCGAGUCUAUCGACAUCGAGGGGGCCAAGCGCAUCCUGGAGUUUGGCGACGAUUACCGGAACUUCUUCGACAGCCAGUCGGACGCGUCCGCGUGCAGUUUCGGCCCGAUGUACAGAAACGUAAGUCCGACCCAAUUAUCGAGAUCGGUAGAUGGCAAACAGCGACGGCGCAGCAACAUACGGUGUGAAUCGACGUUACAGAAACGCCGGCCGGCAUCCGAGGAGAGCGACAGCGACUCGGAGCUCAAGCGGCUGGCCGAGAUGUCGCGCAACCAACUGAUGCUGACCGAGGCCCGGUACACCGGGUGUGCCGACAACAAUCUUAUCGAGUUGGCACGCGUCUGUCGAGAGAACAUCAGGUGCCUGCGAGCAAUCUCAGAAACGAGGUGCGGCUCCCGCCACAGUGACCGCUAUAGCAAGCAAAUACGAGGCUUGAUGGAAAGAUGGGAGUCACUCUCUCUGAGAGCCGAGGAGGCACAGAAGGUCAACGCGAUACACCGGGAGAUGGCGGCCAUGAAGAUGGAGUUCUGCGCGGCGCACGAUCGGUUCGUGGCUCACAGGGUUGUUCUCGAGGAGCCGCACGUCAUCGAAGAUCGCAUCAGUCGGAUUACGAACGAAUUGGCUAAUUUGAGAGAUCGAAAGCCGGCCAUGCUGGCUUUGAACGUUUCGACACAUCGUCUCAUCACGGAUCUCGGUCAAAAGACGUCGCCUACAUUUGCCGCCCUAAAGGAUGGAGUUGCGGAUCUGUACAGGCUCUGGGACGAGGCCUUCCAAAAGGGUAACCAGCAGCUGUGCGCCUUACAAGCGAUUCAGCAGUUCGGGAUGCGCCUCACGGAGCUGCAGAGCGCCCUCAGAAGGGACAAGGACACGCUGGCCGUUCUGGACGCGGCACUCAAGGCCGGAGCCACGAUGGAGGUCGCCUCCUCGGUCAAGGACGUGGCUCGGCUACUUUCGGAGAAGCACGAGGUCAACAAUCAGCAAUCAGUCGUCCCAACGGACACCAACGCCCCGGGUGGAACCGGUGGUGGAAACCAGACCUCGUUCGCCGACUCUAUAGUCCUGGUGGGUCACGAGGGUGGCUCGCUCUCGGACAGUGGGAUCUCGGACAGCGGCAGUGAGCAAGAGCUAAGCGAGCGCGAGCGCCGACUGGCCGCCCUGCGUCGGCUCACCCGUACUCUGGAGUCGCAGCUGGCACCCGAGAGUAGCGACGACGGUAUACUGGCUGAGCUCUGGAGGCGCGUCGAGGAGGCUGAGGCCGAUCUCAGGGAGCUGCAGAGUCAAUGCCGCGAGCUUAUCGUGCGCACCGCCGCCAGUGUCGAGGCCAGGGCCAAUGCUGCCAGGCCCGUCAGCGUGUACAUGAACCACCCCGUGCCCAGCAAACGCAAGAAGAUCCCGCAGCUCGAGUCUCUGACACUAACAAAAGUCAUGAGCGAGGCCCGUCCGACAACAGCCACAGCCACGGACGACCCAGACAGCGAGCCAAGCGUGCCCCGCAGCUGGGUCUGGCGCAUCCUGCGCGCCGCCCUGCCCUUCCAGCUAGCCCUGGUCGUGCUCUUCUGCGCCGCCUGUCUACUCGAGCCGCACUGCUGUGAGGCCAGCAACUCGCUCAACCUAUCGCUGACUCCGCAGCUACGCUACGUCCGUGGACCACCUCCAGUUUGAACGGUUACACCUGGUCCCGAGUACGCUCAUGUCGCCGAUGUGGCGAGUCACGCAACUCGCCCUCGCUUGGCGAUUUUGACGAUGGAGGUGAAGGUGGUAGCCUCGAACCAAGUUUCUUGGCUUUGAAGAGCUUUGGGGUCUUUGGUACAGGUCAAAGGGGGUAAGUAUGCUCGUUCACUGCACGAGGAUACCAAGAGCUGCUGUGCCUACAAUUACGAUGGUGGGAAGAAGGAAGUUUACAGACGGAGCUCCAUGUGGAAUGUCUACGUGCCUUUGAAUUAGGGGUCCGAGGUUUUUGUUUGGAGGCGUAGAGGAAAAGAGAGUGAGGGGUUGGAUGGUGGAGGAGAAUCUUACUAGCCCCCGGAGGUACGUCACGCUGUUUGGGGGUGCCGUGCUUCCGGUCGAAUUCGCAUUUUCAGACUGACUGAUGGUUAACAUAAUAUCAACAUUAGAGACUUAAUUCUCAAGCCGUACCGCUUGUUGUGUGGGAGUGAGAAUUUUGAGGGAAACGAAUUUUGGUCUGUCGAUGAGCCUGAAAGUGCGGAUCUUAGGUGUGGCGUCGAUGAUAUCGGGACGUCGUGUUAUACCUAAACGUUAUGUUAAUCGUUUGUCAUGAACAAGUAAUUGCGAUUAGUCAGUGAUGAGUUGAUGGGCUGAUUUUAUCAAUCGAUUACUUAUUCACGGCAAAUUGAGAAUGAUUUUUUGCAGAAAUGUAGAAAAUGUAGAAAAGUGAGAUAGAAAAAAAAAGUAAGCAAACGUACGAUAGUAAUGAAAGAAAUAUAAAUCAGGGGCAUUUUUUUACGAAGUAAAAGUAAGGAACUAUAUAUGUAUCGUAUAGGACUAGAGCAAUAAGUUUGAGCUUAUGAAUCCGUGCCAAUUUUAAUGUAAAGUCGAAACAAGUGGCUUAAUAUGAUGCGCUGACGUGCCUUGAUUCACGGAUAUUUUCCAAAAUGUGGCCUAAAGGAAAACAGUUUUUGCUCUCACUGUACAUAAUGUAUCAAAGUUUUUGUCCCUGAUAACAUUAAGAGAAACAUUUGUCGUGUACACUGCAAAUUUCGUUGAGUCGGAAAGAUGUACAUCUAUUUUUGAGUGAUUACAGAAAAAAAUGUGCAGAAAGCCCAUAGCAUGCUAAAUUAGUUGCAGUUAUCCUUUGAAAUUAGUUCUCAUCUAUCGGCACGCAGGCUUUAUGGAAUAUUUUUUAAAUAGAUUCUUCCAUCCGCUUCAUCGAUAUUUUUGGGACAGUAUUUUUUAUAAAAAUCCCAAUUAAAAGUAAAAAAAGAAUCACGUUAAUAGUCGGAUAAGAAAAAAGUACCUUGCACCAUAAUUGUUAAAGAAAAAAAAACAAAAUAAAAUGAAACAGAACAUAAACUUGUGUUCAGAGAAACCGUAAACUAGUCAUUCAAAAUGAAGAGAGAAGGCCUUCCUGCUCCUAUUGUUAAUAUUUUCUCGCGUGAUGAUUUCGCCGUCGCAUAACUUAUCCGCGAUUCAUCGAAUUGAUCCUUGUUUCAUGUUGUAAGUUGAAAAAAAAAUUUUUUUUAUCUCCAUUAAAAACAUAUCUGUAUGUAUUUUGAGCAAAAAGAGAUAACGUUUACCGUGUAAACAUAGUGCUGUACAUACAUAGCUUUCGGAAGCAUCCGAUUCAUGAUGAUACGAUUUUUUAUAUAAGGGUAAUCAUCAUUAGGAUCGAUUUGCAAUAAUAAAAGAUUUCAACUGAAACUUGCUACUUAAAAACGGCAUUUAUACAAUGAGCCAUGAUAUAUGACUAAGAGUCUGACAAAGAUUUUUUUUUAUACUUGAAAUCAAAGUUAUAUGCAUAUAUUAUAUACAUAUUGAUGAAUUUGUAUGAUUUUAUCUUGUUGUUUUCUAUUAUAGUUGUAAACUUUGCAGUGAUGUAGGGAUCCAAACGUUGACAUUUCCUAAGGAGCUGCCUUUCAGAAAAAAAAAAAAAAAAAAGAAAUGCGUAUAUAUGACUUACGCAGAUGUUAUGAAAGCGAGUGCACAAACUAUUUACACACGAAAGUUGUAGCCAUUGCGAUAAUGGACAGCUCUUCGGAGAUACAGAAAAAAAAACGAGAGUACUUACUUACGUAUUUUGCAUAUUUGCACUUUACGAGUAAAAACCAGUAUACUAUUUGACGAUCGCAUGGUAAUCGUUUGGAUAUAUACCUGCGUCGUUAUCAAGAGAAAAAAAAAUAUAUAUAUGUAAAUAAAUAUAUUUUAGGGCUAUAAUAAUCUUAUGGUGUCGAUUUAUCGUCGCUUGUAAUGAGUUUUAUUCAUAGCUGCUGAUUUAUAUUUAAUUCAAUGUUUAUUUGUCAGUUUUAAUCUUUUGAUUUUCUUUUGUACUUUUAGAACAAUAAUAA